CACUUUCCAGUCGCGAUGGACCGAAGAGCGCAGCCUCCGCCAACGCCCAUCACGGUCCCGAUCCGGUUCGGGCGCACAAAGACGACGCUCGGGCCGUCCGCCUCCAUACAGCUGCAUAAAGCCGCGUCGUCCGCCGGCAUUAGCAACAGCAGCGCGCUGCGCGUGUGCGGCGUGUGCACCGAGGCCGCCUCCAAGUACACGUGCCCGCGCUGCAACGUCGUCUACUGCGGCGUCGCCUGCUACAAAACCCAUGGCGAGACGUGCACCGAGCACUUUUACAAGGCGCACGUCGAGAGCGAGAUGCAGCUCAACAAGACCGUCGACACGACGUCCGCGCAUGCGAUGCAAGAGGCGCUUCGCCGCGUCUACGACGAGUUUGGCGACGAGGACCAUGGCCUCGAUGACCGCCUCGAGCAGCUCGUCGAGCUCAUGGAGUCGGACGCGCUGUCCCUCGACGCGCUCACGCCAAACGAGCGCGCGCAAUUCCUCCGCGAAGUGGCCGACGGGCGGCUCGGGAAGCUCAUUGCGCUCUGGACUCCGUGGUGGACAACGUCGCCUGCAGCGUACGCAGCGGCCACCCACUCUGCCCGGCACCAGCUCAUUACAGCCGUCGACGACGACGAAGAUGACAUCGAUGGCGACGUCGAGGUCCCUCCCCAGCACCCCAAACACAUUUUGACGACGCGGCGCGCCAAGGCGCUGGAACCGAUCAGCGCGCUGCAUGCAUCGCCCAACAGCCCCGUGCUUUGCUGCAACUUGUUUGAACUCCUCUUUGCAUACGCCUACACGCUGCGCACGUACAACGGUGACUGGACUGCCGACGUGGCCGAGGCCAGCGCGACCCUCGUCGCGCUCUCGGCCGUGCUCCACAGCCAACGCGUGUAUAUGACCAUCGACGACGUCCGUACCGCGUGCGGUAGUGCGUCGCUCCCCGAUCUGAAUGCGGCGGCCGCCGCGGCAGCGCUCGAUGACGCAGCGACGCUGAGCAGCGCGUCGCUCUUCAUCUGCGAUGCGCUCUGCGACCUCGAAAUGCUGCUGCUGAGUGCGGUCGACGUGGCCGACAAGAGCAGUCGGAAGCGUCUCCGCGGUAUGGCCAAGAAGGUGCACUUCUACCUCGUGUGGAGCAACGCCGAUACCAGUGCUGGCGCAGCAGAGGAUAGACUUACUAUAAGUUAAAAAAACACAUACGAGACCGCGUCC